GACGAACACAAAUCCAUUUGCAGCCCUUUUCUCUCUCGCGGAAUUUUUGCUGCGAAUCUAAUCACCUUCAAAUUAUUUUGAUUCUUUCAACAAAAUUCGGUUUGUUUUUGUCGGCAACAAUCAAUCGAACCUGCAAUUGGAGUUUCGUCGUCAACAAGGGAUUUCUGAUUUUGUAGAAAAUAUUAUAAAGGAAUUGGAGCAGGUGGAGAGCUUGACGGAUUAUUGUUAGGGUAGAGUUGAAAGAGGAUAUUAUAUAUAAAUCUGGAUUUUCGAAGGGACCGAGGAAAUGUCCUCCAAUAAAGGUGAGCAUCAAACGGUCCCAUUAUCGGUGUUGUUGAAGCGUGAAGUGGCGAAUGAGAAGAUCGAGAGGCCGGAAAUUAUUAGUGGUCAAGCCAACCAAUCCAAGAAAGGGGAAGACUUUACGUUGAUCAAAAGCGAAUGCCAACGCGUGUUAGGAGAUGGUGUUACUACGUAUUCUGUUUUUGGGGUACUUGAUGGCCACAAUGGAUCUGCAGCAGCUAUAUAUACCAAAGAGAACCUUUUAAACAAUGUUCUGGGUGCUAUUCCUCCAGACCUUAACCGAGAUGAGUGGAUCGCAGUGUUGCCUAGGGCUUUGGUGGCCGGGUUUGUGAAAACAGAUAAAGAUUUUCAAGAAAAAGGUCAACUGUCAGGAACAACUGUCACGUUUGUAAUUAUUGAAGGAUUCGUCGUAACUGUAGCAUCAGUUGGUGAUUCUCGCUGUAUACUUGAAUCUGUGGAUGGGAGCUUACAUUAUCUAUCAGCAGAUCACAGAUUUGAGGACAAUGAGGAGGAGACGGAGCGUGUCACUGCAAGCGGUGGCGAGGUUGGUCGGCUAAAUACUGGAGGUGGCACGCAGAUUGGUCCUCUAAGAUGUUGGCCCGGUGGCUUGUGUCUUUCACGAUCUAUCGGAGAUCUAGAUGUUGGGGAGUUCAUAGUUCCUGUUCCAUAUGUUAAGCAAGUUAAGCUAUCCUCUGCUGGCGGAAGGCUUAUCAUUGCAAGUGAUGGUGUCUGGGAUGCGUUAUCUGCAGAAGCGGCACUAGAUUGCUGUCGUGGAAUGCCGCCAGAUGCAGCAGCUGCACAAGUUGUUAAAGAAGCUGUACAACCAAAAGGAUUGCGGGAUGAUACAACCUGCAUGGUCGUUGAUAUUCUGCCUACAGACAAGACAAAUCCUCCUGUGCCGCAACCAAAGAAGAUGACUAAAGGAGUAUUCAAAGUCAAGUUUAUUUUUAAGAAAAAGAGUUCAGGGUCAACAUCUAAUAUGGAUGACGAAUAUCUCGAGCCAGACGUGGUGGAGGAGAUGGUAGAGGAAGGAUCUGCUCUGCUUUCUGAAAGGUUAGAUACGAAAUACCCGCUUUGUAACAUGUUCAAGUUGUUUACAUGUGCUGUGUGUCAAGUCGAAAUGAAGCCCGGGGAGGGUAUUUCAGUACACGCAGGAUCAUCUAGUGGACGGAAUUCAAGACCGUGGGAUGGUCCGUUCCUUUGUGUAAGCUGCCAAGAAAAGAGAGAAGCCAUGGAAGGGAAAAACCAUUCUCGAAACGGGCGAUACAGCAGUGGAAGUGAAUAGCAAAAGGUAAUUGGUCGAAGUUAUACGAUGCAACUUUUGCGAUUGGUUCGGAGCCGAGUAUAUAUGGGAAGACGGGUGAGCUUCAAAAUUUCAUUUCUAUGGCCUAUGAAGAUCUUUAAUCCUGCUUAUAAAAUCAGAUUAGAAUUGUAUUAUGUAGUUAAAAAGUCUGUUUCCCCCAGAAAUUUUGUGGGUUCAGAUAAGUUAUACGAACGAACAUCUUUCAAUAGAUUCGGUUAGUAGAUCUAACGGCCACAGUGAAAACAAUCUUGGGUGUGAGCGAUUCUUAGGAAUUAAUUUAUGAUAAGGAAGAAGGGAGAUUUGUGAUUCUUAUGUUAGCAGGCUCACACAUGUAACAUUAUUCGUUUCUUGGUUGUACACAGUCGAAACAUAUCACAUUUUUC